AUGUCGACUACUGGUGAUGGCGGCGAUGCAUUCUUCGCUCUUUACAGAUACACGCCUUCUCUCGAAGGUGCUGCACUUUCGGGUGCGCUCUUCUCGAUAUUAUCGCUGGCCCAUAUCGUUAAACUCUGGCAGACUAGGUCCUUUUACUUUAUUCCCUUUGCCAUUGGGGGCAUCUUCGAGGCUGUGGGAUAUUUCGGCCGAAUUUGGUCACACUUCGACAAGAAUGCCAUCGGCGGAUAUGUUAUGCAGUCUCUGCUGAUUCUUGUGGCCCCGGCUCUUUUCGCCGCCUCGGUAUACAUGAUCCUAGGCUGCACAAUCCGCGCCGUUCAAGCUGAGCAUCAUUCCAUCAUCCGUAUCCAGUGGCUUACCAAGCUGUUUGUUAUUGGAGACAUCGUGUCCUUUAUCCUACAGGGCGGUGGCGGUGGCAUCCAGGCCGCGGGGACUUUGGAGCUGUAUGAACUCGGCGAGAAGACUAUCCUUGUCGGUCUGUUUGUGCAGAUCUGCAUGUUUGGCAUCUUUAUCGUCAGCGCUAUUGUCUUUCAUCGCCGUACCAUUCUACUCCCAACCACGGCAUCUAGGGAGGGGUCAGUCAGGUGGAAAAAUCACAUGUGGGCGCUCUAUGGUGUGAGCUGCCUCAUCAUGGUGCGAAGUGCGUUUCGUGUGGUGGAAUAUGCACAGGGCAACGGUGGCUACAUCGUCCGGCGCGAGUAUUUGCUAUAUCUUUUUGACGCAGCGUUUAUGCUGGCGACGAUGGGAACCUUCUUGGUGCAAUACGUUAAUGACCUGAACUCGGUAUCGCUUAAGUUCUCAACAAUCGAGCUGGAGGACCUAGGGCAUUAG